GAACAUAAAAGCCCGGCAACGAAGUAUCUUUUCCUGCCUUUGCUACCAUCUACCAUACUAUUGGAUUCUCUAGCUCCUUACAAUGUCAGCCCCACCACUCGAAAUUCAUAUUCAAGGUACCUCACAAGUGCAACUCCCAGCUGAACGUGGCAAUUUAGUCAUUGCCGUAACCUCAGAAGGCACCUCACAAACAUCAGUUUCCGAGGCAGUCACACAAGCAUCCAAUAAUCUCCAAGCUCUCUUCAAGCAAUUAUCCACAAAACCACCACAGUCUUCCAAUCAUCCUAACGUUGCAAUUCAAGAGCCUCCAGUAACUAAUUACUCCAUGACCAAUCUUCGCACUCGCUCCUGGCAGCCUCCAGACUCUGAUUCUAAUGGCGAACCUUGGGCUCGUGUUCACGAAGCAUCCUCACAUUUCGAGGUCACUUUUCAAGACUUUGAGAAACUCGCUGAAGUGGCGAGUUCUAUGUUCAUCAUGCCCAACGCAGAGGUUCGCUCAACCAGUUGGUCUUUGACUGAGGAGACGCAAAAGGCCGCUGGGAUAUUGGGGAGGGAACAGGCAAUCAAAAAUGCGAUCAGUAAAGCGGAUGAUUAUGCGAGGGUUCUUGGGAGGAAAGUCGCAGCGACAGAAGUUAGAGAUAAUGGGACCAAUCUUAAAGCAGUGAAAAGAAAGGGAUACGCGGCAAUGGUGCCGAGAAGAGGCAUAGGCGCAGAUCAGAGGACUAUGGUCGAUGGAUUGGCUUUGGAGCCGCAGAAUGUGGAGAUUAUUGAGAAGGUUCACGUGAGAUUUGUGAGCAUUGAUGGAGUUUAGCAAUGCUAAAAUAGAGGUUAAGAAGUGCCCUGAUUCGACGAUUUAGAUCCGUAUUUCUCUCUCAGUUGUUGGCUGUGUGUGUUUGCAUACAGUUUCAGAAACUCGUUGCAUGUCUUAUUUUACACAAACUUUUUUUUUCACAAGCUUUUUUUUUCACAAUCGUUGAUGCUUAGAACAGAUAUGACUAUUAAGUUUUGCUGCUCAUCCCAUUAUUUACCAACCUUUCUUCUGCAGAGUGAAAUCACUGUUUAAGGACAGGAUAGGAAGGAAUUAAUAGGGAAUCAGAGACUUCCUCCCUGGAAUCCUUAGCCCUAGUUUUUGAAAGUCAUCAACAUAAAAAUUACACAGCACUUUAUUGUGCAACUUCA